AUGAAUUCUGAAUAAUAAGACAGGAAUAAAUAACCAAAAGCUAAUUUGGAAUAAUUUAUUAGAAUCUGGUGGCAACAUUUAUUAUUUGGAACUAAACUUAUAAUUGGAAUUUCUUGGUUAUUUGGUUUUAUUGAUCUCUUCACCAAUUUUACAUUUGAUUUAUUUGCCAACUCUCCAUAAUAAACAAUACCUUUUUAAAUUUAGAGAUUAUGCUUUUCACAAUUUGUUCAUUGUAUCCCUAUAUAAACAAUAUGAUAGAUUAUACCAUUGAUUUAAUGCUUGCUAUUAUUUGCUUAUAUAAAAAAUUUGAAGAAUUAGAGUCAAAAUAUUCCACUGCUGUUUUUAUCAUAUUGAUUCUUACUUUAGGAUGUCUCACUCAAGUAAUUAUUUUUUUAAAAUUCACUUAGUUUAUAUGUGUUCUUCUAUAAUGGAUAUUAUCUUUUGUAUACUCUCCAUUUUAUUAAAUUUAAGCCUACGGUUUAUGGAAUUAUUAUAUUUUCUGUGUUAUUUAAGAGUAAGUUAACUUUAAAUAAAUUUUUAGAUGUGUGACCUCGCCAAAUGGAUAAAGUUUAUUUUUAAUUUUUCCACUUCAGUUGAAAAAUAAAUACUACCCUAUUGUUUUAAUUAUAUUCUUCACUCUUAUUCAAUAAUCAUUGACAUUCAUUUCAACAGGAUUUAUAUCAAUUGCAUAUUAUUUCUUUCAGAAUCACAUCAAUUAAAUUAAUCAUUCUGUAUGAUCUCAAUUUAUGAUUAGACUAUUGAAAAAAUUGAAAAAAGUUUUAUUUUCAAAUUCUUUACAGAAAGAACUGAUUUUAAAAAAAUUUCUAAUUAUUAAGAUUAAUUAGAGCCAAGUGUUGAUGCAAGAGAAUUACAAUCUGUAGAAACACCACCUGCAAAGUUUUUCAUAUAUUAUGAAUAUUAGAUUAACUAUGUAAGGAAGUCCUUAGCAAUUCAGAUCCUCACUUAUGCUUUCAGAAUUAUAAAAAGAAAUGAAUUAAAAAGAGAGUGAAUCAGAACAACCAAUGUAAGAUGACGAUGAAGAAAAAAAAUAAAACGAAUCAAAUCCAUCAAUGUAAUAUGAAUGAAC